AUGGCUGGUCCUAGCAAGUCUCUGGUCCUUGACCCGGCCCUCCAGAAAUACUACGAGCUCAACGCCAACCGUUACAAGUACUUCCGCUGGACUCCCCGCCAUGCCUGGCUGUCGGUUCUCUACAUGGCCGUCAUCCCUGGCGCUUUGACCUGGCUUGCGUUGAAGACCGAGGGCAAAUAUGAUCUUCGGGGCAAGCGCAAGGGUGACACGAUCGCUGAGUGGUAG